AUGUGUAUAAACCACGAAGGGGGCCCUGAAAGCCAGGAGAUGUACAUUUUUAACUUGACGUCGCUCACCGAGUCUGAAAACAUCUUGUCAGCUUCAGUGUAUUUCUAUGUUGGUGACCUGCUGCACGCUAAGUGGAACUGUUCUCAAUCCAGGGGCUGUUCUCGCCACGGGCACAGGAAACCUGAACUCCAGCUGCAUCUUUCAGUUUGGACCUUUCCUUCUGCUGGGAACCAGACUCGGAGCCUGGGACGUUUCCUCAUCAACAUCUCCACUGCUUACCAGGAUGUCCUUUCCUGGCAGUGGAAGGAUAUCACUCAGCUCCUGCAUGAAGCCAAACGGAACAAGGAGCUCCUGGUGGGUGUCAGACUGGACCUGGUCAGCCCUCCCCCCUGGAGAAGGGCACCAUCUCGCUAUGAACCCUACGUUCUGGUUUAUGCCAACGAUUCUGCUAUUUCAGAGCCAGAGAGCGUUGUGUCUAGCUUGCAAGGACACCGUCACCCCCUGGCAAGGGUCUUUCCCAGGCCAGAAAACCAGGUGAGGAGCAGCCCGGGGAAGCGGCGGCGGAAACGCUCCGCGAACGCCCUCCUGCCGCUGCAGAACAACGAGCUCCCGGGAGCCGAGUACCAGUACAACGAGGAGGAGAGGUGGGAAGGCAGAAAGACCUACAAAACCUUUCAGCCCCGCUUAGCAGAGAGGGCCAAGAGCAAGAAAAAGCAGAGGAAGAAUCAGCACCAGAAGAGCCAGACCCUCCAGUUCGAUGAGCAGACGCUGAAGAAGGCGAGGAGGAAGCAGUGGAACGAGCCCAGGUCCUGCACCCGCCGCUACCUCAAGGUGGAUUUUGCAGACAUUGGCUGGAGCGAGUGGAUUAUCUCCCCCAAAUCCUUCGAUGCCUAUUACUGCUCGGGGGAAUGCCAGUUCCCAAUUCCAAAGGCCUUGAAGCCAUCCAACCAUGCCACCAUCCAGAGCAUAGUGAGAGCUGUCGGGGUCGUCCCGUGCCUUCCUGAGCCUUGCUGUGUUCCUGACAAAAUGUCCUCUCUUAGCAUCUUAUUCUUUGAUGAGAAUAAGAACGUGGUUCUUAAGGUGUACCCCAACAUGACAGUGGAAUCCUGUGCCUGCAGAUAA